AUGAGGGGGGUCAGUGUGUGGGGGAUGAGGGGGGUCAGUGUGGGGGGAGUGGGGGAUGAGGGGGGUCAGUGUGGGGGGGAGUGGGGGAUGAGGGGGGUCAGUGUGGGGGGAGUGGGGGUGUGGGGGGAGUGGGGGAUGAGGGGGGUCAGUGUGGGGGGAGGGGGGUCAGUGUGGGGGGAGUGGGGGAUGAGGGGGGUCAGUGUGGGGGGAGUGGGGGAUGAGGGGGGUCAGUGUGGGGGGGAGUGGGGGGUGAUGGGGGUCAGUGUGGGGGGAGUGGGGGAUGAGGGGGGUCAGUGUGGGGGGAGUGGGGGUUGA